AAAUAUUAUUUCUGCCUGUACGUAUGUACAUACACUCAUGGUGUCCAACCCAUAGUUUAUUGUAUACAUUACUUGGGUAGGUAUAUAAACGUUGCUGUUAGCUGGCUGCAGAUACAGAAAUAUAUAUACAGCUCAAAAGGAAAGAAAAAAAAAGGCAUGCAUGGGUAUACGAUCGAUCCAAUUCCAUAUCCAAACCCAGUCAAUUACUCCGGCCAGUGCAAAAAUGCAUUCCAAGACAUGACAUCGUCAGUCGUCCUGUCAGAUGAAUGCGACAGGAAUUGUUUUUCUUUUCUUUCUUCCUUUUCGUUUUUCGUUUUUUUUUUUGUGGAGUGA